AUGACUUCAAUUCAAGAACGAAGCCCCAAGCCUCAUCUGCAUGCGCUCAAAGAGGGUGAAGCUACCGGUCAUCCUAACGAGAUAAUUGCCAAGAAAAGAAGCAUCAUAGGGUCUCACAUCCAGCGGCCACCGUCUCAAACGACUUUAGGAAGGUCAAGGGCUGGCAGCAAUACGAUGGGUAAGGUUUCUGCCUUAGAUAUUGCUCGAAGACCAAGCGAAAAUUUACUAUUGAACAUGAGUACUAAUAAUGAUGAUGAUGAGGCGAAGAUGCUCAAUUCAUUUGUUAGCACGGCUUUGCCACCACCGAAAGUGAAUCCUGUUCAAACAAGACGUGAACGCCCAACUUCCAAUAGUUCAAUCGGCACCAAGACUACCGAAGUGUUCUCAUCCACUUCUGCAUCAUCUUCUUUGGAUGAUACCAGUGAUGAGGGGGAAAGUAAUGAUGUUUCAGAAAAGUCUAAAUUGAAUACUAUUUCCAACAUAUUGAUGGAAAAUUCUACUCAAGGAAUACGUGCCACGGAAAAGGAAAAAACGAGAAACCAUACCGUUAUGGAGACAACCAAGGACAGCGCCAAAGUGGCACUACAAAAAAGCAUGUCAUUCGAUGAAACCUCUUUGGAGGCAUCCAUGAGUAAGUCUAACCAUUCUCGCCAAGAACAAUUUCAUUCAAAGAAGAACCAGUCCUCGACCCUUAACAGCAAACAAAGAUUACGCGCUAAAUCACAAACAUACCCCUCUACGGGUUAUAAUGAUAAUAGUUCUUUUUCACCUUUGAAAACGUUUGGCAUAACCUCUAAGUUUUCCAACUCAACUGGUCGCUUAGAGGCCUCCUCGUUGGAAUUUAAUGUUCCAUCACAGAAGCCCUUAAAUGGCAAACCAUUAACUCCAUCUCAGAAAUACAGGCUUCGCAAAGAACAAUCAGAAACGAAUUUGAGAAACACCAUCAAAAGAAAGGAAAAAUUUUAUGACAGCCAAGAACAAAUACUUGAGUUACAAGAGGGAGACGUUGAUGAUUCAUUGAUUUGGAAUGUUCCCAUGACAUCAUACUCGACAAACUCCUUUUUAGCAUCAGCCAAACCCGAAGAUAUGAGUAACCUGGCUGCUAGGAAUAACCCAUUUGAUUAUACCGGAGAUUUAACGAAUAGUAACGCCGACGGCUCUGAUGCAAGGCAAAAUAACAGAUACUCAAAUAUUUCAUUCGCAAGUACAACAUCAAAUGCUUCGGUGUUAGAUUUUAAUGAGAUGCCUACAUCUCCAAUUCCUGGUCUGAACAAGGUAUCAGACUUCCAGUACAUUCAAGAUACAACAAAGAGUUUGGCUUCAGUUUACUUGCAUUCUUCCAGUAGACUUUCAAGAACUAAACUGUCUGAAAGAACCAAGUCGUCCGACUUCUUACCAUUCGAACUAAAAGAAGCCCAAAACCAAGGUAUGGAAGAUUUGAUACUCGUAUCAGAAAGCAAAUUGGAUGCUGUUAGUCAUUCAAGGCCGAGCUGGUUACCACCUAAGGGCCGUCAAGAGAAAAAAAUCCAUGAAAGGCAAAUUAACAAAAGUAUGAGUGUUGCAUCCCUUGACCAACUGGUGAAGAAUAAAAGUAAAGAGGAGAAAUUGAUCAGAAACGAAACGAAUAGGCAAAAAUAUGUGCUAUUGUUAGACAGAGAUAUAACAAGAAAUUCAUCUUUACAAAGCUUAAGCAAAAUGGUUUGGGAAACUCCAUUUAGUGAUGAAACUAGAUCAACAAUAUACAGUGAAAUCCUAGAAAGUAAGGCCAAAUUUAUCACGAAAAACUAUAUUCAAUCAUUUGAUGAGCUACAAGAACUUUUAUCAAAAAUGGGAGAUUUCCCUAAAAACAAAGAAAUUGAAAUAGCGCAAAUUAUCGACACGAGUUUAAGGCGAAAAGUAAAUGGCCUGCAUGACAUAUCACCGAAUUUGAUGUUGAUGUUGAAACUAAAAUCCAUCUCAUCACAGGGCAUAAUUACCGGCGAUGAGCUCCUAUUCCAUCAUUUCUUGGUCAGUGAUUCUUUUCAAAACUUAGGACUAAAAGAGGUUUGGAACAUUGUUAAUUUGGUGCAAAUGACAUGCUUUAACGACCUUUGUAAAGAAAAAUUUGAUACUAAGGUUUUGGAACGAAAGGGCGUCGUUGCUGGAUAUUUAUCGCAAAACGAAGAAUUCAAGGGCGAAUUAAAUACAGAAUGUAUCAACUCUGCAACCUGGUGGAAUAUCCUCGAACGCAUUGAGCAUAAGCUUUUCGUGUGGAUCAUGGAUAUUAUAGUAGUGAACAAUUCUCAAAGUUAUAAAAAUAGCCCAAUCAAUGAAAAAGAGUUUGCCAACAGAAACUGGGAAUAUUAUCGCUCUAAGAAAGUGGUGACAAACUACAAGAUUCUAAUAUCAUUAGCAUUAAAUGUGUUGAUAAACUAUCAUUUUGGAUUUAGUGAUUUAAAGAGUCUUUGUAACGUCACUGAUCAGAGAUUCUGCAUUCCCGUAUUCAUUAAUGAUGAAUUCGUAGACACGGAUUCCGUAAACGACAUGUUUAUCAAGAAAUGGGCGCAUUAUUACAAGAAAUUUUGA